UUUUCUCUAGUCUCUAACUCUUUCGCAAUUGCAGAGGAGGCGGGCCUUUUCUCUUUGUAUAAAAGACUUAGGUUGACGAUUCUUCUUCACUUUUCAACCGCUUUUAAAAAACAACGUACAUCCAAACAACAACUUUUAACGAAAAUGGCACCUCCAAAACCUUCUGGUAAAGGAGCGAAGAAAGCUGUCAAGUCAACGAAAGCUGUGCGCACUGGAGACAAGAAGAGAAAGAAGUCGCGAAAGGAGUCUUACUCGGUCUACAUCUACCGAGUUUUGAAACAAGUCCAUCCGGACACUGGAAUCUCCUCAAAGGCGAUGAGCAUUAUGAACUCGUUUGUCAACGACGUGUUCGAGCGAAUUGCUGCUGAGGCUUCACGACUUGCGCACUACAACAAGCGCUCUACCAUCUCUUCACGGGAAGUGCAAACUGCUGUUCGUCUGAUCCUGCCUGGCGAGCUUGCUAAGCACGCCGUUUCGGAAGGAACUAAGGCGGUGACGAAGUAUACUUCGUCCAAAUAA